UCUUCCACCUUAUCAUGACAAAUGAGUCAAUAAUUUACAUUAUUUCGUAUCUCUAAACAUUGCUAGAAACAUUAUAAAGCAUAGACAUGACAUUAAGUGGAAAAGUGGAGGGUGAAGUAGAAAUUGAAGCACCUGCUGCUAAAUUCUACAAUAUUUUUAGAAAGCAACUUCAUCAUAUUCCUAAUAUCGCCACAGAUGUGGUUCAUGGAGCUGAAUUGCAUGAAGGAGACUGGGAAAACGUUGGUUCUAUCAAACAAUGGAACUAUACAAUAGGUGGAAUAAAACAAAGUGCUAAAACAAAAAUUGAGACUAUAGAUGAUGAUAAUAUGGUCCUAACAUAUAGUAUAUUUGAUGGGGAAAUGAGUGAGAGUUAUAAGAGUUUAAAGAUAACAUUACAAGUAAUUGGUAAGGAACAUGGUGGGCUUGUGAAAUGGACCUACGAAUAUGAGAAGCUAAAGGAAGAUAUUACAGGUGCACCUCCUGAAUCAUACUUGGAAUUUGCUGUGAAGAUCACUAAAGAUAUUGAUGCUCAUCUUGUUAAGGAAUACUUAAGAUAUAACAUUAUUCAAUAUCUCUACAUUAGUAGAAACAUUAGAGACAUGACAUUAAGUGGGAAAGUGGAGGGUGAAGUAGAAAUUGAAGCACCUGCAGCUAAAUUCUACAAUAUUUUUAGAAAGCAACUUCAUCAUAUUCCUAAUAUUGCAUCAGAUUCAGUACAUGGAGCUAAAGUGCAUGAAGGUGACUGGGAAAACGUUGGUUCUAUCAAACAAUGGGACUUUACAAUAGAAGGAACAAAACUAAGUGCUAAAGAAAAAAUUGAGAGUAUAGAUGAUGACAAUAAGGUAAUAACAUAUAGCAUCUUUGAUGGGGAUGUGAGUGAGAAUUACAAGAGUUUCAAGGGCACAUUGCAAGUGGUUGAUAAGGAACAUGGUGGGAUUGUGAAAUGGACUUUUGAAUAUGAGAAGCUAAAGGAAGAUAUUAUAGGUGCAUCUCCUGAAUCAUACUUGGACUUUGCUGUAAAGGUCACUAAAGAUAUUGAUGCUCAUCUUGUCAAGGAAUAGCAACAAGAUUAUCAAAGAUGAAGAUAAAAUGUGUGUUUGGUUUGAAUUAUUAUUUAUCACAAGCAUCUUAUAAUAAAAUUUGUUGUGAUGGAUGUGUUUAAUAAUCAGCUAAUAAUAAGACACUCUAUAACACACAUUUUUUUUUAAUAUAUUUUAUUUUAUUGGUUAAAAUUUAUAUAUGUUCUGUCAAAUUUAUGAGAUCCACAUAAUUUGAUAGAUCAAAAUUUAUGUAAGUUUUAACUAAUAAAAAAAAUGUUAAAAUGUGUGUGAGAGUAAAUAUUAUUGCUAGCACUCCUGUAAAUUAAGUAUAA